AUGUCCCUGAACGGUACAGCAUAUGUCGCGCAGCCGGACGCACCGGAGCCGCUGUUCCAUUAUCCUCAGGCACGCCUCGCGCCCGAAACACCACACCGCGUUCUUUACGUUUCCGGCAUCGCUUGCAACAGGCCUGAUGGCACGUGGCCUGGGGUUAGCGAGAACAAGAAUGGAAUUCUGUCCCUCGACAUCCGCGAACAGACCGCUGCCGCGCUGGACAAUAUUGACACCAUCAUCAAGUCUGCAACGGGAGGCAAAGCGAGCGUCAAGAACCUCAUCGAAGCUACCGUGUACAUCGUGGAUAUGGGCCGGGACUAUGUGGGCAUGAACGAGGCAUGGAAUGAGGUCUUUCCCACACGAGCUGUCGCUCCGGCUAGGGCAACGAUAGGGGUGAAGCAGUUGCCAGAUCCACGCAUGAUCGUGGAGAUUAAGGGCAGUGCAGUGGUCCAACUGUAG